CCCCUCCUGGAAGCUGCGCGCCUUUGGCCUCCCGGUUGUUCUUUUAAGCUCUCCCUCCUCCGUCGCUCUCGGCGUUGCCCGUUUAAGGCCGCCUCGGUAGGGCGUGCGGGGCGGAGGCUGGGCUUGCCGGAUCCGAAAGACAGAGGGGAGGGGAGGGAUCGACGAAGGCAACGUCUCGCCGGCAGGAUGGCGGAGAAACGCGUGUCCCGCUGGUACUUCGGGGGCCUGGCCUCUUGCGGGGCGGCGUGCUGCACGCACCCGCUGGAUUUAAUCAAGGUUCAUCUGCAAACUCAGCAGGAAGUGAAGAUGCGCAUGACGGGGAUGGCGUUACGUGUGAUUCGCAAUGAUGGCUUUCUAGCUCUCUACAACGGGCUCAGUGCCUCGCUUUGCCGACAAAUGACGUACUCUCUCACCCGCUUUGCCAUCUAUGAGACGGUGCGAGACAGCUUGAGCCAAGGGGCCCAGGGGCCAAUGCCCUUCUACCAGAAGGUGCUGCUCGGUGCAGUAGGAGGAUUUACCGGUGGAUUCGUGGGGACCCCGGCUGACAUGGUGAAUGUCAGGAUGCAGAAUGACAUUAAGCAGCCGGCACAUCUGCGACGCAACUACUCCCAUGCCUUGGAUGGCCUGUAUCAGGUGUUUCAUAAAGAGGGUGUGAAGAAGCUGUUCUCGGGAGGAACAAUGGCAUCCAGCAGAGGAGCCUUGGUUACCGUUGGACAGCUCGCUUGCUAUGACCAGGCAAAGCAGUUGGUUCUUGGGACCGGUUUACUCGCUGACAAUAUUUUUACUCAUUUCCUGGCCAGUUUUAUUGCCGGAGGAUGUGCUACAUUCCUGUGUCAGCCCUUGGAUGUGCUAAAAACGCGACUUAUGAAUUCCCAAGGCGAAUAUCGGGGUGUCAUGCACUGUGCAGUGGAGACGGCCAAGCUUGGGCCAUUGGCUUUUUAUAAGGGCCUUGUUCCUGCCGGCAUUCGCUUGGUCCCUCAUACUGUGCUCACCUUUGUCUUCCUGGAGCAACUUCGCAAAUACUUUGGGAUUAAAGUAUUAACCUAAGGGAGAAGAGACCUGUUAGAGUAAAAAAAGAUGGGGAACAGGGACUACAGACUCCCAGAAUGGCUGGGUGUCAUAUUCUUUCCCUCCUUGAGGAGCAGGUAUCCCCUUCGAUGCCAGGGCACUGUCUGACAUCUCAUAGAAAGUCCUUGUUUGGCAUCUGCUCUUGGCCAGCUCUUCAAUAGGGUUGGGUGCCUACUAGUGGAGUAGCCCACUAGGAUUUUCAUUGACCAAUCCCAAAUGCCUCUCUUCUCUGCCCAUCAGCACCCAGGACCUUUUCAGUGUUGAUGGCUUGCUGAUACCACAGCAUUCCUCAUCAACCUCCAACCUCUCCUUGCCAUAAUAGCCAGCAUUCCAAUAGCCAUGUCUGAUUUUUUUUCUUACUAACAUGCUUUCCUUUUGUGCUGUCAACAGGCAUGUGCCUCAUUCAGAAGCCUCCCCGCCCCCCACCGCACACUUUUCAUUGCUCUCCUAGUCUCCUGCCAUACCCUUCCCAUCUGUGUGGGGAUUCCUUUCUCCCCAAGCGGAAGGGUGUUGGCCCUUAUGUGGGAGGGAAAUAUUUCAUCACAAGUUUGUCUCAGUUCUAAAUGUUACAAUAAGGGGCUGGAAAAGGGUUCUGGUGGCUGCUGUGGGCAGUUGAUAGCAAUAUCAGGCAGGCAGGGGCCUUGACAUUGCAGGGUCUCCAAUUAUUAUUCAAUAAUGUGGACAGGACAAUGCUUUUCUCACUCUGUCUUGCCUGCUCCCAUUCUCCUACCUCAGUCUUCUUUUACUCUUAGGGCUGUAGUCCAAGGAACAAGCAGUCCUCUGUCUUUAUUUCCUGGGAUUGUGGUAUUGGGCAAGUAAUGUCCUUCCACACACCCCAGUCCGUAGCCAGUCUAAUAUCACUCUUCUCCUUCAAUUGCCUCCUUAAGCUUCUUCAACCAAAACCUUCUGAAACCAAAGGGCCUUAUGCUGAUGAGAGACUGCCUGGAAACUCCUAUCUAAGAGGGAACAGGUUUCCUGAAUGCAUAUAUAUAUCUUCUCCCAUCCUGUGAAUGGGCAGUGCAGCUGCCCACUUACAUUCAGAGAUGGGAGGUAAAACUGGAGAGGCCUUGUGAGGUCCUUGGAACAAUU